UAGGUACUGUGUUUUUUACAAUGGCAAAUCCAAACUCAAUGACUAUAAAGUUUUCAAUACUGCUAAUCAUUAUACUUCUGGUUGAGGCUAGUGGUUUAACUUUCAAUCCUAAGGUACAUGUUUAUAUUCGGAAUGAUAUACCCCCACAUCCAACUCCUUUGAAUCUCACUGUUCACUGCAAAUCCAAAGAUGAUGAUCUUGGAUUUCACACACUCGUAUAUGGAGAAAUUUACACAUUUUCAUUUAGGCCAAGUUUGUUUCCACAGUUUUCUGCUACUUUAUUCUUCUGUAGCUUUGCAUGGAAAGGAAGUCCCGACCUUCACUAUCUUGACGUUUACGAUGAAGAUUUUGAUGAUUGCAUUGUUUGCAGUUGGAAAAUAACUAAAACCGGUGGUUGUAAGCCUUUAAAACAAAAACCUGAUGCUUGUGUAGUAUGGAAUACUAGGAUAGCAUUAAAGUGAUGAUGGAUGCGAAUAGUACAUCAAAGAUGUAACUUUUCUAUGUUUUUUACAAAUGAAAUAAUACAAGCAGAAUCUAUUUCUCUCUA